AUGGCUCUAGUGAGGCUAAGUUGCUUCUUAGUGCUUGCUUUAUCUUUGAGUCUGGUCAGAGGUCAUGUAUCGUACUUAGGAGUGCCAAAUCAGCUCCAUCAUGUACGUAGUUUGUUCGUUAGACCCUCGACGGAUGGUACUACGGGCGACCUGUACGUUGCAGCGACUGAGGACCACGGAGUCAAGUCUCAAUGGCUGACAGAACAGCCCAUCAACUUCUUACCACCUCAGCAACAUGUACCCGUGGCCUACACCCAAGCUUUGACGACAUCACAUCUUCCCGAUGAGUCUGUCGUGACCAAUCAGAAGCGAGCAGUGAUCUCCAGCCCGCCAAUCAAAUAUGCGUACGCGCUGCCUGCUCAAACUGAAGGAAGCGUUCCAUACCCAUACGCUAUCCCGACUGCUCCAUCUGCCGCCGAAGGUACGGAAUGUGAACCUGGUACUACACCAGUCUACCCUCAUUAUCCUUAUCAUCCAUACUACGCCCACUUCAUGUCCGCCUUCGCAAGCGCCUUGAACAAUAUGAAGGAUGAUUCCGAGGAAGAAGGCAAGACUACCAAAGCCGCGCCAGCGUGGCCCUCAUACGGAUAUCCAGUUCAGUAUGUAAUGGUGGACCCCUCAAUGUGGGCAAAGACUCCAACGACCACGCCUGCCGCUCCGACUACAACCCCAGCAACAAAUGCCGAGAGCUCCAAUGAAAGUACAUAA